AUGUCGCGGCGGAGGUGGCGCGGUUCGCAGAGCGGCGAGGGCGGCGGCGGCGGCGGCUCGGGACGCGGCGGAGAGAUGGUGAAGAUGGCCGGCGGAGGCGGAGGAGGCGGGUCGGGGCGCUACUAUGGGGGAGGCCCUGACGGCGGCCGCGCGCCCAAGCGCCAGAAAACGGAAAACGCGGAUCACGGCCCGGGAGGAGCGGCCGGCGGAGGCGGGGUGAGGAGAGCCAGGGCUGGCGGCGGGGCGGGAAGGGCCUGAGGAGGAGGAGGAGGAGGAAGGCCGCGCGGCGGUACUUGGCGGGGGGGGGUGAGAGAAAGGGGGAGGGGGACGUGCGCGCGCAGCGUGGAAAACGAAGCGAAACGGGCCUGGUGGCGGAACCUCCAUGCGCAGGAGCAGCCUACCCCUCCCGGGAACUUCGCGCCGCCUUCGCUGGACGUAGCGGAAGCUCAAGAGCGGAGCCUCCACGUGCGGGAGCAGUCUACCAGAGGCAGGCGGGCGUCGGCCUUUCCACGCGUGCGCCGGCUGUCUUUUUUUUUUUAUGAUAUUUAUUAAAGUUACAAAAAAUAGAAGAAAUACAAAGUACAGAAAAAAGAGUAAAUUUUUUAAAAAUAUAACAAAAAAGUAUAGGAUAAAAAAGAAACAUACAAAAUAAAGCAGUUAAAAAGACAUUAAUUUUCUAAACCUAUCUUCCCUAGACUUAUUUCCCCGGACCUCCUCAUACCUCCCUUUUUUGUAUUCCAGUUCAGUUUGUUAGUUCAGCAAAUCCUUACCAUUAAACUUUUGCCCAAUUGUAAGCCUUUUUUCAUAUCUCUUAAAGCAUUACAGCUAAGAAGCUCUUAGUUUCUAUCCAACAUCCUUCUAACAUUCAUUAAUUUUACAGUAUUUCUGUAAAUAGUCUUUAAAUUUCUUCCAGUCUUCUUCCACCGACUCUUCUCCCUGGUCUCGGAUUCUGCCAGUCAUUUCCGCCAGUUCCAUGUAGUCAGCUUCAUCUGCCAUUCUUCCAGAGUGGGUAGAUCUUGUGUCUUCCAAUACUUUGCAAUGAGUAUUCUUGCUGCUGUUGUAGCAUACAUAAAAAGGGUUCUGUCCUUCUUUGGCACCAAUUGGCCGACAAUGCCCAGAAGAAAGGCCUCUGGUUUCUUCAGAAAGGUAUAUUUAAAUACCUUUUUUAUUUCAUUAUAAAUCAUCUCCCAGAAAGCCUUAAUCCUUGGGUACGUCCACCAAAGGUGAAAGAAUGUACCUUCAGUUUCUUUACAUUUCCAACAUUUAUUAUCAGGCACAUGGUAGAUUUUUGCAAGAUUUUUGUCCUAAGGGGGAAACAAGGGCCCUACUUCUACGCGAGUGCAGUUCUGGUUCUAAACGCAGCAUAAGGGGUCUCUCUAGUAUAGUGUAUUUUUCAGUAUAGUAUAUUUUAUUGUGUAGUAUAGUGUAUUUAAAAAUGGGGUUUCAGAGUUUUUAGGGGUUUUUGAAUGUUUUGUGUAGUUUUUCAAUUUCAUUGUUCUGUAUGGGACAAUGACAAUAAAGAGAUCGUAUAUCGUAUUGUAUAUCUAACCCUAAAAACGCUUUGGAUUUCAUAUUCGGUGUAGUGCAUGCAGACGUACAGUACGUAAACACACACAUAUACAGUGGUUCCUUGGGUUACAGACGCUUCAGGUUACAGACUCCGCUCGCCCAGAAAUAGUACCUCGGGUUAAUAAUAAUAAUAAUAAUAUAUUACAGUGGUACCUCAGGUUAAGUACUUAAUUCGUUUUGGAGGUCCGUUCUUAACCUGAAACUGUUCUUAACCUGAAGCACCACUUUAGCUAAUGGGGCCUCCUGCUGCCGCCGCCGAAGCCCAAUUUCUGUUCUCAUUCUGAAGCAAAGUUCUUAACCUGAAGCACUUUCUGGGUUAGCGGAGUCUGUAACCUGAAGCGUAUGUAACCUGAAGCGUAUGUAACCCGAGGUACCACUGUAUUUAUCCCCAGCCACUCUGGGCGGCUUCCAACAAAACACUAAAAUACAAUAACCAUUAAAAGCAAUAACCAAUAAACAUUAAAAGCUUCCCUAAACAGGGCUGCCUUUAGAUGUCUUCUAAAAGUUUGGUAGUUAUUUUUCUCUUUGACAUUGGUGGAAGGGCGUUCCACAGGGCGGGUGCCACUACUGAGAAGGCCCUCUGCCUGGUUCCCUGUAACUUGGCUUCUCGCAGCGAGGGAACCGCCAGAAGGCCCUCGGUGCUGGACCUCAGUGUCCGGGCAGAACGAUGGAGGUGGAGACGCUCCUUCAGGUAUUAAGGUAUUAAGAGGUAUUAAGGGUUAAGAACUUUGCUUCAGGAUGAGAACAGAAAUCACACAGCGGCAGUAUUAGCUAAAGUGGUGGUUCAGGUUACAAACAGUUUCAGGUUAAGAACAGACCGUCAGAACGAAUUAAGUUCUUAACCCGAGGUACCAGUGUAGAUAGAUAUAGGUACAGUGGUACCUCGGGUUACAUACGCUUCAGGUUACAGACUCCGCUAACCCAGAAAUAUUACCUUGGGUUGAGAAAUUUGCUUCAGGGUGAGAACAGAAAUCGUGCAGCGGUGGCACGGCGGCAGCAGGAGGCCCCAUUAGCUAAAGUGGUGCUUCAGGUUAAGAACAGUUUCAGGUUUAGAACAGACCUCCAGAACGAAUUAAGUUCUUAACCCGAGGUACCACUGUACAUGUUUAUAAAGGCACACAAGGAGGCCUGUGUAAACCUGCAGUUCAGCUGCCUCGUUUUUUGCAAAGGUUGGGAGGGUGCUGUUUUUUCCUCAGGUGACAAAGAUGCAGCCCAUAAUAGUCCCUGCUGAAUGCCAGGCGCAUGGCAAAGGCCUCAUUAUUUUAGCAGGUAUUUUAAGGCAGUUCUUUUGCUUUUGUAAUGAAUAUUCAUGGCUCUUACUCUCUUUAUGAUGGUUGUUGUUUUUUUUAAAAAAAAAUCCCCACCACUUAGAAAUUCUGAAUGAAUACAUAGCUAAAUCCGAAGCGGAGUACGCCCAUUGAAACCUAUGAAACUAAGUUAAUUGGGUCAAUUAACUUCCUAGGGUCUACUAUGAGAAGGAUUAGCAUUGAAUGCCCCCAUGACGCCUCACUUUGUGUGCCCUUUCCUACCCUGCUGCCCACCAGAUGUUUUGGACUGCAGCGCCAGUUGUAGUCCAAAACAUGGAGGGCAGCAGAGUGAGAAAGAAUGUACUGACGUAAUUGAACAGGGUAGUAGUAGGUGUUAGGUGGUACUGUUUUGUGCUCCACUAAAGGACUCUUUGGGGACGCGGGUGGUACUGUGGGUUAAACCACAGAGCCUAGGGCUUGCCGAUCAGAAGGUCAGUGGUUCGAAUCCCCGCGACGGGGUGAGCUCCCGUUGCUCGGUCCCAGCUCCUGCCCACCUAGCAGUUCGAAAGCACAUCAAAGUGCAAGUAGAUAAAUAGGUACCGCUCCGGCGGGAAGGUAAACGGCAUUUCCGUGCGCUGCUCUGGUUCGCCAGAAGUGGCUUAGUCAUGCUGGCCACAUGAUCCAGAAGCUGUACGCCGGCUCCCUUGGCCAAUAAAGCGAGAUGAGCGCCGCAACCCCAGAGUCGGUCACGACUGGACCUAAUGGUCAGGGGUUCCUUUACCUAAGGGACUCUUUAUCUUUAGCAACUGCCACAAACUUUGAUGGCUGGUAGACUGGGUGGCACUAUAAAAUAGACAUUAAACCUGUGAAGUAGAGGGACUUAACUCAUAACUUGCAAGCAGAGCCUAGGAGUAUCGGGCAGCAUAGCUCUCAAGUACCAGAUACAAGGCACAGAACAUCGGGUUGUUGUCACCAUCUCUCCUCCGAUUCUGCACCAAUUGGAAAUGGCAAGCUCAGUAAGAUGGUGCCCUUCAUUCUGAUUUACAGGGUUUUUCUUUAACCUCAUCCUUAAUACAUAGGCAAAGUAGUGUGUUGCUAAUAAAAUUAUAUUGAUAAUAGGAGAAAGUUUAGGGUUCUUUUUAAUUAACCCCAAAUUUGCUAUAGUUCAGCUGCCAAAAGCAAAUUUCAGGAAAAGCAAACAGCUCCCCCCCCCCCCAAUACAUCGUGGUGUGGAGGAAAUAAAAUGUAGUAACAGUGGUGGAUACAUCUGGGAAGAAUACCUUGCUCCACACACUCUGUGAGGUGCUAGGCAGGACAAAAGCUCUUUUUCAGAUUUCUGAUGGGAUUAGGACAGUUCAUUGCUAACACAGUGGAACCACAGGCUUGAAGCAGUCACAAAACCUUGGAUGAGGGUUUGUGUUGAAAUAAGGACUGAACCUCUUGGCCAGAGGUUGCAACCUUUUUUGACCAGAGGGCCAUAUUUACUUUUAGCUCACCCUCCUGGAGCCACAUAUGAGUGCUGGCUGUGGCUGCACCACACUUGGGUAUGAGAGCCAGCGUGGUGUAGUGGUUAAGAGUGGUGGACUCGUAAUCUGGUGAACCGGGUUCGCGUCUCCGCUCCUCCACAUGCAGUUGCUGGGUGACCUUGGGCUAGUCACACUUCUCUGAAGUCUCUCGGCCCCACUCACCUCACAAAGUGUUUGUUGUGGGGGAGGAAGGGAAAGGAGAAUGUUAGCCACUUUGAGACUCCUUCGGGUAGUGAUAAAGUGGGACAUCAAAUCCAAACUCCUCCUCAGCUGCUCUGUGCAGAUUAGCCAAGGGGGAUGAUUAUUGCCCCUUCUCCACUCAUCAAGUGAUGCUGUCAUCAGGGUGUUGGGCUCAUCCACCUCAGCACUGUCUAUAUUUUUGCCUCUGCCACCAAAAUUGGGAUGGGGACAGAAAAAGUGCUUGGGAUCAGGCUGCCAAAGUAAGACAAAUCCAGAUACUCAACUAGUGGAGUUUACUGUCUGCUACUAGCAACAUGGGCAUCUCUGGAAGGAGUUGGAUUGGCUUGUGAGAGGUGAGAGGAAAUAAUGAUGACUUGAAUAGAGGGUGCUUUUCACAGUGUGCCCAGAUUGAGAAUAGGGAGAAUUUUGUAACCAUCAGUUGCAAAGUAGUCUUACCCCCCCCCAUAAAAAAAGAGUCUCGGAUGAAGGCAUGAGUCUUAAUUUCUCUGGGGGAAAUACCGUAUUUUUUGCUCUAUAAGACUCACUUUUUCCCUCCUAAAAAGUAAGGGGAAAUGUGUGUGCGUCUUAUGGAGCGAAUGCAGGCUGCGCAGCUAUCCCAGAAGCCAGAACAGCAAGAGGGAUUGCUGCUUUCACUGCACAGCUAUCCCUCUUGCUGUUCUGGCUUCUGAGAUUCAGAAUAUUUUUUUCCUUGUUUUCCUCCAAAAACUAGGUGCGUCUUGUGGUCUGGUGCGUCUUAUAGAGCGAAAAAUACGGUAACUUGAACUGUCUCCUACUGUUUUUGGCAGUAACUUCUCCAGCUGCCCAAGGGCAACUUUGUUAUCUUUGCUCAGACUGGUUUUGUUCUGUUUUUUAAAAAAUAAAGAGUCUAGGUUGUUUUUUCAAGUUUACUUGCCAUUGGGAGGGGUAGUUACUUUUCUCACAGAAAUACGGUGACUUCGUGGUGUUGGAGAUGAAGCCUAUAUUUCGAUCUAGAAAUGUGUAGUAUCAGGAUGGAGCCUGCUCUUAAUUGUUAAGUAUAUAAAAUAAAAUGCCUGAGUGUGGCAAAGGAGGCUUUGGAGAGUCAAGUUAAUACAGAAAGAUUUUCCUUAAUGUUUGAUUACUCCACUGAGGAGGCUCCACGUCUUUUUCCUUGUGGGGCAAUUCCUAGAGAGAAAUAACCUUUGUGUAAAGAGGCUAUUCAUUUGUGGCUAGAAUGGUUUGCGGUAGAGAACAAAGUUUUUCUCUUCUUUCGCCCCUGGCAGGAGAACUAUGAUGAUCCCCACAAACCAGCUGCUUCCCCUGUCGUCCACAUCAGGGGCCUGAUCGAUGGUGUUGUGGAAGCUGACCUUGUAGAGGCCCUGCAGGAAUUUGGCCCCAUAAGGUUAGGAGUGGGCAAAUUGGGCAUCUGACGAGAUGGAAUGGAGGAUGGUUGGACAUUUGUGUAGUGCUGACUACUUCGGCAGUGUAAGCAGCCUGGUUCCUUUUCUUCCCCCAAGCUAUGUGGUGGUGAUGCCCAAAAAGAGGCAGGCUCUGGUGGAGUUUGAGGAUAUCUUGGGAGCCUGCAACGCUGUGAACUACGCAGCUGACAACCAGAUCUACAUCGCUGGGCACCCAGCCUUUGUCAACUACUCCACCAGCCAGAAGAUUUCACGCCCCGGCGACUCAGAUGAUUCUAGGGGAGUCAACAAUGUUCUUCUCUUCACCAUCCUGAACCCCAUCUACUCCAUCACAACGGUGCGUAGUGAUGCUGCAUGUACUCAGCCAGAAACACUUGAACGUAAUUGGUCCAUGCCUUUGUUGGGGGCCCCAGGGUUCAUUUCAUACACGGUGCAGAUGAAUAAAUUAUAGCUGCCAGGAUAAAUGCUGUCCUUGCAAGUCCAUCUAGGUCCACAAAAUAGUUUGCCUGGAUCCUAGGGUGGAUGGCAGCAGUGUGUUCCAUUGUUUUUGAAGAUGCUCUGUUGCCUUUUAUCUGUUGCCUGUGGUCUUGUGACUAGUAAUUAGAUCUACUAGGUUAGGGUCUGACCUUCCAGAUGUUGGACUCCAGGUCCCAUCAGUCUUUUUCACUGUGGCCAAUGAGCAGGGAUUAGGAGGGUUGUAGGCCAAGAACAUCUUAAGGGCUACAUGUUCCCCAGUUUUAAAAAUAUGUGAUUGUUUUUCAUCUUACAGGAUGUGCUGUACACGAUCUGCAACCCAUGUGGCCCAGUGCAGCGGAUUGUUAUCUUCCGAAAGAAUGGUGUCCAGGCUAUGGUGGAAUAUCCUUUUUUCCCCUGGGGUCUGGGAAGCCUGUAGUAAUUGAACAAUGUUUGUCCUUGGAAUAGUUCAAAAUAAGUGCCUAGCAGUUUGGGCAAACAAAUUGCUUUUAUCUGUUGUCUCAGGCUUUUUGACAAUAACAUAUGCUGUGCCACUAGCCUGAAGAAAGAUUAUUACCGUUCUGUCUUCAUUUGAGUUUCAGUGAGUAGUCUCCUAAUUCAGCUCUUCAGAAGACAGUUACAGUGGUACCUCAGUUUUCGAACGCCUCCAUAGUCGUACGUUUUAGAACUUGAACGCCGAAAACCCAGAAGUUAAGUACCUUGGUUUUUGAAUGCACCUCGGAAGUCAAACAGGAAACACGGCUUCAGUUUUGAAUUUUCCGUAUUGAGGCUUGCGUUCUGAGACUUCCGCUUUCGGUUUUCUGACCUCUCGGAACUUGAACAGACUUCCGGAAUGGAUUAUGUUCGAAAACCGAGAUACCACUGUACUUCUGUUUUGUGGACUCCCUUGAUCAGGGGUAGGCAACCUAAGGCCCAUGGGCCACAAGCGGCCCACGGGGGUCGUUUAACUGGCCCACAAGCCGCCCACUUGGUGAGUCCCCGCGCGUUGCGCAGAACGGCGUGGGGGCUCGCUUCCGCAGCACUGGAAAUCGGAAAUCGCAUCUACGUAGAUGCUGGAAAUCAUGUCUGCACCAGAUGCGGACGCCAGAAAUCAUGCGCACGUAAUCCAGCCCACGGACGGAUCUCCUCUGGAGUGAACCGGCCCAGGUGAGGUAAACCUUGCCGACCCCUGCCCUUGAUAGUCUGCUCUACUAUGAGAGCAUAGGUUUACAAAUCCCCAAGUCCUGUUUGAGCCUCUGGCUUUGGUCAAGGCCUGGAGCCAUCUGGGAAUUGGCAGAACACUGUGUCAGGCUUGUUCACGUGGCCCUCACCUGAUUACCUGAGCAAUAUGCUUGCAAACCACAGGUAUCUCCACCUGAAGGAGCAGUCUCUACAAUAAAAGGCAAGAAGCAAUUACAGUUUCAGUGGGGUGGGUUUAGUUCUGAAUGCAUGUGAUCUCAACCUGGACAUAUGAGGUGGAAGGACACUGAUGUACUUCUGAAAGGGUCCAACAAGAAGAACUUCAAAGUUGAAGCAUUAAGUUUUUUCAGUGGCCAAAAGGCUGCCCCAAUUUCUCCAAGGCUUCCUUAACACUACAAACAUUUGACUCUGUGCAGAGCGCUCAGAGAGCAAAAGCUUCUCUGAAUGGGGCUGACAUUUAUUCUGGAUGCUGUACUCUGAAGAUUGAAUACGCAAAGGUGAGUGUCGCUUUGAAGAAUUUGAUAGGGUUCUUUGUGCCUGUAGAAGCAUCUUCUGUGUGAUCCUUGGUGAAUUGAAAGGGGCCUGUAGAAAGGGAGUUGACCCUUGCCAUCAAAAAUGUGUAUAAGUAUUCUGUCCCUUAGUUCAGGUAUGUCACUCCCUGUUCCAGGGCUCGUGGAACAGGGCUAUUCUACAAUAUGUUUUUUCCAGCCCUAAAGCAUCCCUUUCUAAUGCGGCUCCCUCCAAAAAAAAACCACUCCUAAAACAUACUGGUUUGUGCUCUGAUUUGUGUUGAGUCUUGCUUUCUCAUCCAACAUGGCAUUAGCUACAUUAUGUUACUGCUGGCCAUAAGGGGAAUCACAAAAGUGGAAAGGGCGUGAAGUCUACACAUGCUGACUAAUCAGUGGAACGUGUUGUUAAAAAAUUGUGGCUAACAGCAAAGAAGACUCAAAAAUGCAUGGGGGAAUAAGUAUAUGGGUUGUUGCCUGCAGUAGCAAAAAGUACACCUGCCAAGUUAAUGUUACUGACUAACGGGCUAAAGUUGGGUCAGUAAUGGUCACUGUACCUUGUUGAUGGCUCUUAGACUGAGCUGGAUGAAUUGCUGGUCUGGCCUAGCCUUUGCACUGUUUUGCACUCAACCAUCAGUGCAAUCAAGCUUUCGGAAGAGGCAUAGCUAAGGGUUGGCCACAUAAUUUGGACAUCUUGCAUUACUUUUGUACGGCCGUGUGUGUUUGUUUUUUAGCCAACCCGCCUGAAUGUUUUCAAGAACGACCAAGACACAUGGGACUACACCAACCCCAACCUCAGUGGACAAGGUAACCUUGAUAGACUGCUUUGCAGCCACACAUGAACCCUUGCCUUUCCCGUUGAGUAGCACACUUCAUAGAUCUGAUUUGUGUGAUGUAAUGCCAUUUGCCUGCUGUCCAGCAUUGUGGCUGAUUUUGGAAGUCUUGAGCUAGUGCAGCUGUGCUUUGACUUCUGACGUUUUUUGUAAGGCGUUAUCAGGCCACCAGAGCCUUUAUGAAGGAGGCCUAAUAAGACAUUUAAGAUAAGCGGUUGUAAAUAGUGACAAGUAGUUUUGAAGGGAAAUGUGUAUUCUCGUUGGCAUGUUUAAGGUCUCCGGGACAACAAUGAAUUCACUUCCUCCACCCAGUAUAGGCAGGGCCAUGGGACCAGGCUUCAGUCACAGCGCCAGUUUCUCUGGCUCCACCUUCCUUUCCUUCCCUUGCCUAGGAUAGUCUCCAAUCUACUUGUGGCAAGAUUCGAGAACUGGAACACAGCAUUGGGAAUAUGGUGGCACAGUUAAAAGGAGGUGGUUCCUGAAGUUGAACUUCAGGGCACGUGUGGAGCCUGUGUAAGGUACAGCUAACCAGGGUGAAGAACGGGCAUCGCUAAUACUAUUUUGCAAAAGGCAACGCCAAAUGGACUUUCAGGAAGCGCUUGAUCCUGGAGGUAGCACUUCAGGGAAUGGCUGUUCUCAUCUGCUUGAAAAACAAGGUGCAUUGUUGAAAGCAGGCGCGUCAAAAUGGCCUAUUGCCCCAACCCUGAUCCAGCUGGUGGGUGGUUGCAUAGCACGCCUGCCAUUCAGUGGGUUGGGUGUGGGCUCCUUCCCCCUGAGAAGUCUCAGGUGACACCUUACUGUGCACAUAGCACGGAGAUGGUGAAGGAAGGGGGCUUUGUUCAGGCCGAAGGUAAGGCUGUGCAUUAAGCUCACAGAUAUUUUUAGGGGCCAGGAAUGUGGCCUUUCAGCUGGUGGUCUCAAGCGCCAUUUCCUUGAAAGUGGAAUUAAGGAGGAUGAACAAGUUAGAACGUUAACAUGCUCCAGAUCAGCCCACAAUCGGCUGAAGAGCAGUGUCUUGGUUUCUGAACCGGAGGGGAGUGGCAGGUCUUAUGUGACCCACCUUAUUUUAGCGGCUUGUGUGCAAGGGUGAUGCUGUCUUUUUGUGUGUUACACCACAAGCAGUGUAAUUUACACAACAGGCAUUAAAUUGGCUUAAAGAUGGGGUUUGUGUGGUCUUGCACCCUUAAAACUUCGGCGUUGCACUGCCUUCUUCCACGGAUGUAGAGAUCACCGGGUGCUGCAGGGAAGCAGUUGUGGGGGGCGGGCUGGAGGAAGCUGUUGAUCGAGGGGGCUGGCCAAGGUCAUUUUGGGCCCCACCCCAUAGCAAAGCAAGCAAUGGCAUUACAUGACUUGACAUGAACAUGACUCACUUUCUCCUCCAAGGUACAUAACUAGAAGAUUGUACAGAUUGGCAGUGGCUAGUUGGCAGGGCUGUGCAAUUCAGUUAGCUGCCUCCUGGCUCUCCUGUCUUUAGGCUGGGCAAAGAGGAGGUACACUAACCUGGCCUUUCCCCAGCUCUGAACAGUGCGUUCACACAUGACCCUGGGGGAACCGUAUGCUACUGCAGCCGAAGUCCUGAAUUGCCUGUGAUCUGCCUUCUGCUACACACGCUUUAACACCACACAGUGUAGGAAAAAAAAGCCAACCUUCCACUAGCUCUGCCUGGAGAAAACACGCAGCAUCUUAACAAAGUACCUGAAAAGCAGCAGAUUUGAGUUCCAAUUCUUUUACAUCAAGAACACCACACCGUGAUCCAAGAAACAUCUACAAGCACAGAGUGAGACAGAGAGAGAAUGAGAGAGAGAAAGACGCACCAGGCCACGACAUUCUUACAAAUCCAAAACAAACAAACCAAACCUUGAACCCAAGAAUGUUACACAGAAACUAGGAAAACACAGACCAGAUGGGUCUCAGACAAAUGCACCAGCGCUCUUACCGGAGAACGGAGUAGAUCCCAGAGACCCUCCAAGACAUAGGACGCUCUCCAUAUCAACACGGUUUGGUUUGGGAGGGCAGUUUAUCACUCCUUUUCUCGCAGUCCACGGCUGCCAACAUUUAUCAGCGCCGAGCGGAGACAGACAAAAAAACACCAAGUACCCAGAGCCCCCAGCUCCCUAGAGACUUGGGGGUGCUUUCUGCUCCAGGGGGCACUUGGGAUCCAAGGCACAUUCCAUUAUCAGAGGAGAGACAUGCACACGGGAGACCUACACAGAGCCAGAAGCACCAAACCUGUUAACAGCACAUGACAAAAACAUCAGGAGAUGCAACACGGAAGGGACACUCAUUAUUACACCUUUGUUAUGUCCUUUUUUUCCUUGAUACCAUCUGAAGACAAACAAAAACAUCUCUGUGAGCCCUAUUUUUACUUUAAAAAACUUUUUUUUACUUGAAAUUGUAUCAGUUUGGUGCCUGUUGACUUGUAUUUGACUCUGAAACCAUGUAACGCAGGGUCGCAGUGUAUGUUUGAUGGGACGCCAUCUUUCAGAACUGUGCUUACACUGUUGAAGCGUCCAAUGGUAAGAGAAAUGCAGAAUAUGUAUGUGACAAUGGACAUUGUACUGUGUACUACUGCUGUAAGUAGCCCUUUUCAAUCUUUGUAAUGACUAUCGAAAUAAACUGCAAAACACCCCUUUUUUGUUUUGUUAGAGCAACAGUGAUAUUGUAUGGAUUGCUUAAAUUCUUCUGCCUUGUAUACAAUCACGUGUUUUAACUUGACUGCUGUUUUUUUUUGCUUUGCUUUUGGCGUACUCUCCUCAGUCUCUUGCUUAGUCCCUUUACCUUUGCUAGGGUUGGGUGGGGAUGUUAGUUUUUUAUAUUAUUAUUCUUGUUGCCCUGAGUAGAACUGUCAAGUCCUUUGACUCCCUUCUCCUCUUCCUCCCUCCUCCCCUCAGCGAAGGUCACCUAUCUUUAUAACUCGUUUCCAUGUUGAUAAGGUUUGGCAUGCUCUCAGACACCACCGGGUGCAGAAAUUGAACUUCACUUAGGCCAAAAGGCAGAUGUUUCGAGGAGAACACUGGAUCCAAAUGCAAACCUGUGCCGACCACGACCUCGGAGUAGGUCAGACAAGUGGCAGUGCUCUGCUUAAAAGGCAUAUCAGCCUUUAAAAAAAGGCUGGAUUUGUAGCGUUGCAAGAGAAAGCCAAAUGUCCCCUUCCAGAGCUGCUGCCCCUGCUCCCUAGCUCAAAAUUUGUGUUUGGGGGGUGGGGUGGAGCUGUUUGUCUGCCUCAGGAGAAGAGUUGGGUGCACUUUGGACCCUUGAAAAAUGAGUAGACCUUUCGCCACCUUCUGCCUUCCAGUGGCUGGAGGCAGAUCUUAUUCUCAAGGUGUUGGAAAUAUUUAACUUGAGGAGAGCCAUGGGGGUGGACUUGUGACUUUCUAGCAUCCAACACGUGCCCCAGAGAUACAAGUGCCGGGCUUUUGCUGCCUUUUCCUGAUGGCCUCCUCUUUUUGGACAGGUGAGCCAGGUGGGAACCCCAACAAGCGUCAGAGGCAGCCUCCUCUCCUUGGGGACCAUCCGGCUGAAUAUGGUAAGAAGCCGGCACACGGCAGCAGCAUCCGGGGGAACAGACCCCAAAUCUCUAGCCUCGCCUUGAGCUCUCGAUGUUUGUUCCCUCCCCAGGAGGACCUCACGGUGGCUACCACGGGCACUAUCACGAUGAAGGCUAUGGCCCUCCACCGCCUCAUUAUGAAGGGAGGCGGAUGGGCCCACCUGUCGGGGGCCGCCAUAGGGGGCCGAGCCGCUACGGGCCUCAGUAUGGACACCCCCCUCCUCCACCCCCACCCCCAGAGUAUGGCCCCCAUGCUGACAGCGCAGUCCUGAUGGUUUAUGGCUUGGAUCAGUCGAAGAUGAACUGUGACAGAGUGUUCAACGUCUUCUGCCUGUACGGAAAUGUGGAGAAGGUAAUUAAAGCUGACUGUCUCCUUCUCCCAGAGCCUGCUCUGUCUUGCUCCUUUUACCCAAAUUUGAGAAGCUGAGUCGGAGAACACAUGUUGAGCUUGCUGGCAAAACGACAGUGCAGUUCUGCUUGCCGUCGUGAUGAUGGAUGGGCCUAUAUUAUCUUUCAGCAGUAGAGGUUAGGCAGCAGAAGAUUACUCUUCCCCCUUGAUUUGGAAGCAGACCUGUACAAAUGACUUGAUGCCACUGGAAAGAGACACUCUCAGUUCUCUUCGCUGUGGUCUAGCUCUGAGCUCUCUUUGUCAUGAUAUGAGUUGUAUAUGGCGUUGAGAUUACUUCCAUGUCUGGUCUUCAGGCUCCAUCUCCUCUUCCUCUCUCUGCUCGUACCGCCCACUUGUGUGCCCCAUCUUUCUGGGGCCAUUUCACCAACACACCCAGGGUGAUGAGCAGGGCAAAGCUUCAAAGAUUGCUGCUGCUGUUCUUGUUCCUGGUUCCUCUCACUGCUCUGUUGAGGUCAGAUGAACAGGCAGCAACAGGAAAAAGGAAGAGAGGUGUUGGUUGCAGCAGAUGCUUGAUAAUGUCAACCCCUGAAACUGAUGAGAGUGGAAUUUGAUGGCAGUAGGUUUCUUAUGUCUUGCUGCAGUGACGGGGGGCUUUCUGAUACUGGGAAUUUACUCUUUUGAGAAGACAGUUCUCAUAGGUUCUCAGUCACUGAAAGUUGAACCAGAGUGUCCAGAAUGCCAAGAGUAUAGAACCUCGUUCCUAAUGCAGCAGGAAAACAGGGCUGAAUUUUAAAAAGGCAAGUGGUUGCUGAGUAAGGGAAGCUCGUACUUGCAAUUCAAUUAAAAAAUGUGCCUCCUGCAAACCAGUGGCCAAAUGAAAGAUGGUGGCGGGAUUGGCUAAGGAAUCUACAGGCGACUGAGGAAAGUUAAUACUGGAUACACUGGCUACACUCUUGUGCCCAGUGUCCACACAGUAAAUGCCUCGAGUGCAGGUUUGUGGCUAUACCUUAGAGUUGGGGUUUUGUUUCCAAAAGGGAUCGAUCCAUGCCAACAGUUGAUUGUGUUUCAACAAAGGUUUGUGUUUUGUUAGGUGAAGUUCAUGAAGAGCAAGCCUGGAGCUGCCAUGGUGGAGAUGGCUGACGGUUACGCGGUGGACCGAGCAAUCACUCACCUGAACAACAACUUCAUGUUUGAUCAAAAGCUGAAUGUAUGGUGAGUGCUGCUACCCCUAAUUUUCAUCAGGGCUCAUUCAUUUAUAUAUAUAUAUAUAUUAACAUAUCAUUUUCAACCGUAAUUAAACAUACUUUUACAUCUUAUUCAAUUUUUUUGACUUCCAUCAGUCCUGUCUGAAAAUUUUCCAAUCUAAUCUCCUAGUAUGCAUUUCUUAUUUUUCCUAUUACAUUUUAAACUCAUAACCAAUAUCUCUAUCUUUUUCUACUUUGUAACACUUUGUAUAUUUCUCCUUACAAAACUUCUUGUAGUCCUACUAGCGUAAUUUGUUGAUUACAGUUGCUCUUCAAAUAAUUCAUAUACUUCUUCCAAUCUUCUGUAAAUCUCUGGUCCCGCAGGUUUCGAAUCCUUCCUGUCAUUUUAUCCAAUUCUGCAUAGUCCAUUAAUUUUGUCUGCCAUUCUUCUUUUGUCGGAAUUUCUUCUUGUUUCCAUUUCUGGGCUAACAAUACUCUUGCCACUGUUGCUGCAUAUAUGAACAGUUUGACAUCUUGUCUAUUAAUGUCUUGGCCUAUAAUACCAAGUAAAAAUGCUUCUGGUCUUUUUAAGAAUGUAUAUUUCGACAUCUUUUUCAUCUCAUUAUAUAUCAUUUCCCAAACGUUCUUUACUUUCUUACAUUCCCACCACAUGUGAUAAAAUGUUCCUUCAUUUUCUUUACAUUUCCAACAUCUAUUAUUUGUCUUAUACAUUUUAGCUAAUUUCACUGGUGUAAUAUACCAUCUAUACAUCAUUUUCGUCAAAUUCUCUCCUCAGGGCUCAUUCUGCUCGGUUCUCUGCCCUUGAAGGCUGCUCCUUGCCCUUAACAUUUGCCCGCUCUUAAGCUGUGCGUUUCCUUCCGACAGUGUUUCCAAGCAACAGGCCAUCAUGCCUGGCCAGUCUUACGGCCUUGAAGACGGUUCAUGCAGCUACAAGGAUUUCAGCGGCUCUCGGAACAACCGGUUUUCAACCCCGGAGCAAGCAGCCAAGAACAGGAUCCAGCACCCCAGUAAUGUGCUUCAUUUCUUCAAUGCUCCUCUGGAGGUGACAGAAGAUAACUUCUACGAGGUAAUGCCUCAGGCCCAUCUUGGAGUCAGGUAACAUAGAAAAGGGAGUUCGGCAGUUGGUCUGGCCAAGGGAGAGUCUCAAGAGGUGUGCCAAGGCCUGCUGCCCAGAUGGAUCACAGGCCUCGCCCGGUAUUUGGCUCCCUAGGAGGAUUGCCACAUCAUAGGUGUGGGAAGGAAGGGACGAUGUGGCAGUGCUAAAACAUUCUGUGAAAAUAGGACUACAAGUUAUUUGUCAUGUCCCCGGCACCUUACGUUCUAGAUAAGUAACUGUUCGCGGUGCAAAAGCAUUUUUCUUCUCUGGGAUUUGGAAACUGAACAUGACUUAACAUGCAUGUUAUAAAAAACUCUGCCAUCAGUUUCAUAACUUAACACUUGCAUUGUAUUUUUAUCCUGUCAGAUCUGUGAUGAACUGGGGGUGAAGAGACCAGCUUCAGUCAAGGUGUUUUCGGGGAAAAGUAAGUACAUGCUGCAGUUUUCAAGCCUCAAAAUGCUGCUAUUCAGCAAGCAGGAAUAAGGGCUGGAUGGUUCACCUCAGCUAGCUAGUUAAAACACCGGGCUCCACAUCAGCUUGUCCAUUUUACCUUAUACUGGUGUUCAGAACAGUGUUUGUUGAGGCAGCAAAACUAAGGCUGGCUGCAACAUGCUUUCACUUGGGCCAGGGAAGAGCCUUGAAGAUUUAAAUGGUGUAUGGGUGGGGAAACAGCAUCGUUCCCCUUUCUUAGCCACCCUGGCCGGCCAGCCAGUCCUGUGCACAUUCUCCAUGGUGGCCCAACUAUGUCUUCACUGUUAACAUCUUCAUAGGUGAAAGGAGCUCCUCUGGCUUGCUGGAAUGGGAAACCAAGGGUGAUGCCCUGGAGACUCUGGCAUUCCUCAACCAUUACCAGAUGAAAAACCCAAGUAAGCUCUGUGGGGUGUGCAUGUUGUGGGUUGGAGGCUUUUUCCCUAAAACCUCCUGCUGGCAGGAAGUGGAGUAGUUGCCAACAGGUUUCUGACACUUUUGGAAUUGUUAAGGCAGCAUUAUCUAUAUGCUCCCCCCAUGUUGCUGGCCUGCAACUUCAUCCUUUCCAUUGGCCACACUGGCUGGGGCUGAUGGGGAGUUAGUUACUGUGACGUUUGAAGGGCCACAGUUUCUGCACACCUGAUCUAGGGCCUACUGGAAGGUCUGCUGUUGGGCUGCUGCUGCCACUACCAUGAACACCAACUAUGUUGAAAAGGGCAGGGAGGAGGGCAGGCUCCCGCGUGGGCUCACUGCCAACUGGGCCUAAACUUUGAGGUUCAGCCUGUAUUGUAAUAGGCUCUUUUUUUCUGAACCCCCCCCUUUCAAUACUCUUGAUACCAUUGCUUUUGCCUACGUAAGUAGGCAAGCAGGUCCCAUCAAAUUGGUCCAAAUCAGAGAUCGCCAAACUUUAAAAACGUGUCCCAUGAGCACACUCGCAAACUGGAGGAACUGUCAUGGGGCAUCCCAGCAGUGACACCCACCCCCUGGAAAUUGCCCAUCUCCAUGGUAAAGCUAAAGGGACCCCUGACCAUUAGGUCCAGUCAUGGCCGACUCUGGGGUUGCAGUGCUCAUCUCGCUUUAUUGGCCGAGGGAGCCGGCGUACAGCUUCCGGGUCAUUUGGCCAGCAGGACUAAGCCGCUUCUGGCGAACCAGAGCAGCGCACGGAAACGCCGUUUACCUUCCCGCCGGAGCGGUACCUAUUUAUCUACUUGCACUUUGACGUGCUUUUGAACUGCUAGGUUGGCAGGAGCUGGGACCGAGCAACGGGAACUCACCCCGUCACGGGGAAUUUGAACCGCCGACCUUCUGAUCGGCAAGUCCUAGGCUCUGUGGUUUAACCCACAGCGCCACCCGUGUCCCUGUCUCCAUUGUAGUUACCCCUAAAAAAAUGUUUUCUUCUGUAGCCAGUGAAGGAGUUUUUUCCAAGCUUAUUUGGAAGUGGGGGCAUUUUCCCAUAUUGCAAUUAGCUGUUUUUUUUAAAAAAAAGUCUUCCAGUGGCUACAAUAGAAUUCUUCUUUCAAGCCUGUUGGCUGUGGCGGCCUAGACUCUGCAUAUGCACCCAUGGGCAUGACACAUACUCUGAAUACAUACAUCCCUUGUGUUGCCAUAAAAACAAAUAAAGCUCAGGGGACCCUGAUGCAUGUCUCUUCUUCUGCCUAGAUGGGCCGUAUCCGUACACACUGAAACUGUGCUUCUCGACUGCUCAGCAUGCCUCGUAA